AUGCUAUCUCGAGCAACACUCGACGUUAAUCCACGCAGGUACAAUCUUAAAUGUUCGUUAUAUAACAAAUGGGGAUCUUACUGGCAAAACUGUUGCAAAUGCAGUGAACUUAGACCAACAAGAGAUAGCAUACAGACCUAUGUCGAACCAAGUAUCGAGAACGUUAACCCUGAUGCAUUAUCAGCAGCUAUCGCUCAACCAAAUAUAACUUAUCAUGAAAAUCCUGUCAUGAAGAGUCCUGUUGCAUAUGUAGUUUGGUAUGGAAAUUGGACUGGAAAUAGUGGUGUUGUACUGAUAGAAAAAUUUUUAGCGGGUAUUGGUUCAACCUCGUGGUGGGGCAUGGCUACACAAUAUACUAAUGGAUCUAAUAUAACCUUCGGUCAAUCAACAUAUGAUAAUUAUUCACAAGGAACGAAUUUGAAUCAGUCAAUGGUAUUUGCAAUCGUCACAAAAGCAAUUAGCUCCCAAGCAUUGCCAUUUAACGAAAACGGUAUCUAUUUUGUGUUGACCUCUUUCGAUGUCAACGAAACAGAAUUUUGCACGAGUGCAUGCGGUUGGCAUAGCUACGAUUUGGCAACUAAAUUGAUCUAUUCAUGCAUUGGAAAUUCAGAAUUACAAUGUCCACAGAGCUGUUCAGUACAGCAAACUUCGCCGAAUGGCAACUUUGGAGCAGAUGCAAUGGCUAGUGUUAUUGCUCACGAAGCAAUGGAAGCAACCACAGAUCCAUUUAUGAAUGCCUGGUUUGAUUCGAACGGCGAGGAAAACGCUGAUAAAUGCGCUUGGACCUUCGGCAAAUUGAUGAGGUCGUCCAAUGGUGCAUAUUACAACAUGAUUGUGGGAGGAGUUCAGUUCCUCAUUCAACAAAACUGGAAUCUGUUCAUUCAAAAUUGUUCUUUGUUUUAA